ACAGUCAAGUGCUGAUAGUGAUGAUGGGCUCUUUCAUCCGUUAUACCUGUACUGACAUGCCAGCUUUACUUUACUAUUAAAACUUCGGUCUAAUAUGCUGCGGAUCAUUUUCAAACACGACUGAAGCAAUGCAAGUAUUUUUUCAUUUAAGCGCAGGAGCUGCAGAGGAUAAAAUCAAUCUAAACCAAGUUGUCAUCUGUUGCCAUUUAAAAUAUUCUUGCACUUUUGAGGCACCAGUAUGACCUCUCAAAAUACAGCAACUGGAGCUUCAUGGACUAUUGGACCAGAUGUGAACGAAUCUCUGCAUAUACAGAUGGACAGUGUAAGUAAGUUCGGCAAGAGCCCUUCAGCGGCUGCGGGCGGUGAGAGGCAGACGGCACCGACAGUCAUCACUCAGCGCCGGGCGUCUCAUUACCAUCACCGCAUGUCUGUGUACAGCACGAGCCGUCCAGUACUCACCAGAGCCUACUUUCAGGGACGCGUAUAUAACUUUUUGGAGAGACCAUCGGGUUGGAAAUGCUUUGUGUAUCAUUUCACAGUAUUUCUUAUUGUGCUGUCUUGCCUGAUCCUCAGUGUGCUGUCAACCAUUGAUGAAUAUCAAACACUGGCAAAUAAAACACUCUUCUGGGUGGAAUUAGUGCUUGUAGUGUUCUUUGGUGUGGAGUAUGUAGUGCGUCUGUGGUCAGCAGGAUGUCGAAGUAAAUAUGUAGGAGUGCUGGGGAGGCUUCGCUUUGCCCGUAAGCCCAUCUCUGUUAUUGACUUGAUUGUAGUGGUGGCCUCCAUUAUUGUAUUGGCAUUUGGCUCUAAAGGUCAGGUGUUUGCCACCUCUGCUGUCAGAGGAGUACGUUUCCUUCAAAUCCUACGAAUGCUGCAUGUGGAUCGACAGGGAGGAACAUGGCGUUUGCUUGGAUCAGUGGUGUUUAUACAUAGACAGGAAUUGAUCACAACCCUCUAUAUUGGAUUCCUGGGGCUCAUCUUCUCGUCCUAUUUUGUGUAUCUGGCAGAGAAGGAUGCAGUGGAUGACAGUGGUAUCACAGAGUUCAGCAGCUAUGCUGAUGCUCUGUGGUGGGGUGUGGUGACAGUAACCACUAUUGGCUAUGGAGACAAAGUCCCUCAGACCUGGAUAGGGAAGACCAUCGCAUCAUGUUUCUCCGUCUUCGCUAUCUCCUUUUUCGCCCUGCCUGCUGGAAUCCUCGGCUCUGGUUUUGCUCUGAAGGUACAGCAGAAACAAAGACAAAAACACUUCAACAGACAAAUUCCUGCAGCUGCAUGUCUGAUACAGGCAUUCUGGAGGUGCUUUGCUCUUGAGAAUGAUGAUUCUCCCACCUUCAAGUUAUUUCUGAGGAGAAAACUUGUAGUACCCAACACUACAGUGUCCAGCCCUAGAUUAAGGGUGAAAAUGAAGAAAAAGAUGAAGAGCAAUGAGAGGGAUAAUGGGCGCAGUUCUCCCACAAUACCCACCAUAACCUAUGAUUCAUUUGAUGACGAAGGGUCAAACAAAUUCAGCAGAUUUGAACGGGAACAAUCCUGGAACUCUCUGUCCUCUUUUCAGUUCUCUGCACAUUCAGUGAAUAGGUCCACUGGGUUUUUGGAGGUGCAGUCUCGACCUCCCCUCCAGAGGUGCAGCAGUAUUGCAGAUGAAAUGGAGACUGAUGCAGAGAGAGACAUUUCACUUCUUCCAGUCACUCAUGUGUCUCAGAUGCGGGAUUCCCAUCGUACAGCCAUUCGUGUGAUCCAAAGAAUGCGCUACUUUGUAGCCAGAAAGAAGUUUCAGCAAGCACGUAAGCCGUAUGAUGUCAGAGAUGUAAUAGAGCAGUAUUCUCAGGGUCAUCUCAACCUCAUGGUGCGCAUCAAGGAGCUACAGAGAAGACUGGAUCAGUCCUUAGGCAAGCUGUCUCUCUUCCAGACCAGUUCAGACCGCAUGAAGGACAGAGGCACAAAUACUAUAGGCUCCAGACUCAACAGGAUGGAGGAUAAGAUCACACACAUGGACAGGAGCCUCAGCCGUAUUGCCGAGACUCUCAACCUCCUGUUGGUGAGGGACAGUCAGGGUGAUUUAGCCAGAGGACAGAAACGUGAUGGUAGCACUCACAGACCAUCACCCAAUCUUUGUCUGCCACGACCAGACAGACAGGACAGUCUGCUCUGCUACGAACAACUCUCAAACAAAACCUUCAGUGAGUCUCAUGAGGACAGCUGAGUCCACAAAACCACCAAGUGCCUAAAUCUGGCUUUCUUUUAGCCGUAAAAGAGAUGAUGGGGGUACAGGAAUGUCCGAGUUCUGAGUUUUUGUACUUUUGUACUGUAGAACGGCUGGGUUUCUUUUUAAGCAUGUAGAUGUGUAAUAGUUUGUUGCAAAACGAGAUAAAUCCGUUUUUAACAUUUUUGUCAAAACAUGUUUAUUAUUAUGUUAUCAUGUUAUUAUUUUGUUUUAUGGUGCUACUUAGCUGUAUUUUUUAAGUUAUAAAGGUUUAAAUUGAAGGUAAAUCAAAACAAACCAACUGCAGUUGAAUUGAUAUUAAUUGGAAUGCACAACCAAAAAACAAGAUUUCUGAAAAAUAAAAAAACGGAGUUAUCUCGUUUUGCAACGAAACUCUUCAAAUAUUUAUGUAUGAUUUACUUUUGCUUUGUGAAAAUUUUUUUCAAUUUAAUUACAUUUUUAAAAGAGAGAAAAUGUUGCCAUAUUUUUUGUAAAUUUCAUUCGUCACUCUGAAUGUUUAAACAAAUGACAUUAGUUUUUUAACACUGUAAAAAAUGCAGGGUAAAGUUAAAACAACUUAGUUUUGCAAGUCAGUUCAAUCUAAUAUUUUAAGUUUUUACCUGCGAUAAAUUGACAUAACUUAUAAAAACAAGUCGACAUUGUUUAACUUAAUUUUUUAAGUUAAAGUAACAUGUAAAAUGUUUUAAUUUGACAAAAUGCUGCAUUUAUUUUACAGUGUGGGUUUCUAAAAAAUAUAUCUGUUGAGAAGAACAAAGUGUGUGCCAGUUGCUGUUGUAUAUAAAUAUACAGAUUUGUGAAUACAGCUGUAAAACACAUGUCUUCCCAAUUAACUUAAUAUAUUUAUGUUCAUUCAGUUGUACAAAUAUAAAUCAUCUUAUUGUUUUUGAUUAUGAAAUAUUGUAUCUAUCAAAAAACACUACUGAAUUUAGACAGAAUUGUCAAAAAAGCAUUUUACUGUGGCAAAAAAUUAUCAGGUUGAAUCCCAAAUAAAUAUCUUCUAUGUCCUUUC